AUGAGUUCAUUGGGACUCUUGUUGGAGGAAAAAGCCGACCCCCCACGUCUUAAGCAGAGCAUGUGGCAUCGUCUGGGCCUUCGUCGAUGGCUGGGCCGCGAAGAUCGAGAUUCCCCCACAGGCAACCAUCAUGGGGGACUACGACCCCCCACUACUAGUACCACACAACCCAAUUCACCCACCGCCCACAAUAAUAGUCACCACAACAACAACAAUCACCAUGACGCAUCGUCAUCUUCUUCUCCCCUUCAUCCAAGCAGGCCUCAUGAUAAUCUCACCCGUCGACUGUCUCGCAAAGUCGGAGUGGGACUGCCGCGGGCAACAACAUUCAAACGACAAAAUUCCGAACGACGCGACCGACUCUCCCCCACCGAGGAACUUGAACCCCGUCGGACAGUAUCCGCCGUAUCUGCCGACCGACGUCGCCCCCUGAGUUCUCAGUCCCAACGAACUACUCGAUCUCCACCGCCCACCCUCAACCCCAGAGUGUCCGCUCCCGAGGUUCAGUGGCGCGUCGACCCGGACGAGCCCACGGUUGACCUUCUUCCCGAGACGAAUGAGGGUAACGCGAUCCGCUCCGAAUGGAACCCCUUUCCUCCUGACGUGCCAGAUGUCCCCGAGGAGCCACCCGCCGACUCGCUCGAGAUGGAGCUAGAAAAGCGCUGGAUUUUAAAUUUGAGCAUGCACUUUCGGGACCGCUCCGAACGAGAAAAGUUCUUCGUCACAUAUGCAGAGACGCCCAACCAUUGGCGGAGAGUCACCAUAUCAUGCGAUUAUCGCGGGGCGCCGCCCGAUUCUCUGGAGCACGACCUUAGAGAAUUACGCUAUCAACGCGACAAGUGUGCCCGCAUUUACGAAUCUCUCCGCGAAUCAUUGCCCGAGAUCCAGUUCUACGACACGGUCACCAACUUGAAACUGGAAACUCGAGACGGUCGGCUGCAUGUGCAUGUCACGGAGGAUGUCAACGAGAUAAUUCCCUAUCCGCCGGUGUCAUGUAUUGGGCACCUCCCAGAGGCACGACUCGUGCCCGAGAAUCAACUCCAUUUUGAGGCUCAUCUAUCUGGAUUUGUGUAUAAUGUGCAGCUAGAUGGCAAAGCGUACAUCAAGAAAGAGAUUCCUGGACCCGACACGGUCGAUGAAUUCCUGUACGAGAUCAACGCACUUCAUGCAUUGCAGGGAUUCCCUGAUGUGGUUCAGGUGGAAGGGGUGGUGGUGGAUGAUGAUGAAGAAAUUGUAAAAGGGUUGCUGAUCGGGUUCGCCGAGAAGGGAGCAUUGGUUGAUCUUUUAUAUGAGAAUCGGGGGACAAUAACAUGGGAACGCCGAGAGCGCUGGGCAAGGCAAAUCGUCCGUGGACUAUGCGAGAUUCACGAAGCUGGCUACGUGCAGGGAGACUUCACGCUGUCCAACAUUGUGGUGGAUGCGGACGACAAUGCCAAGAUCAUUGAUAUCAAUCGCCGAGGCUGCCCCGUGGGCUGGGAGCCUCCAGAGAUCGCAGCCAAGAUCGAGAGUAAUCAGCGGAUAUCCAUGUAUAUUGGCGUGAAGACUGAUAUCUAUCAGCUGGGAAUGACUCUCUGGGCCUUGGCCACGGAGGAAGAUGAGCCGGAGCGUCAGCCACGACCUCUAAUGCUAGGGGAGGAUGUGGAAGUGCCUGACUACUACCGCAGGCUAGUUUCGAUCUGUCUGAGUCCGGUUCCUCGACAUCGACUAUCAGCAAAGGAGCUGCUGGGACUUUUCCCUCGCGAGCGAGGAGCAGUGUCUUCGACGGUGUCUCGUAAACCUCCGACUCACACCGGUUUCGGGGUAGCAUUCCCAAAUAGUGCUCUUCCGAUGUACGACGCUCGAGCGGCCUUUCUCUCCCGACAAGGUCUGCCGAUGGAUAGUGGCAGAGACAACUCUGAUAGCCAACAAUUAUCAGGGCGCACUUACUCGCAAGAUGAGAAUAGAAUUCUUGGCUCUCCUUCUCGCAGCGAGCCAUACGCCGAGAUGAGAGAUUGGGAGCAGUCUUCAAUGCACGAGGGCGUGGCUGCUGAUGGCAGGUCAGUGCCGUUAGAGUACCGGAGGCUAAGUGGAUAUGCAUACUCGGGUUCGACUGCAGCAGGUGUUCUCUACCCAACGACCUUGGAGAAUGGUCGAGAAUCUUAUGGUACCACUCUUCGGAGUCUUGAUGAGAACGACGUUGGCUUCGAUGCAGGGAUUGACGAAGGCUAUGCCAAAUAUGCUACAGACCACGCGGAUGAUGUGCCCUCGAAAACGACCCGCUUGUUUCGCGAACUCGAAGAGGUAGAUGGAGAUGGUCAUUCGGCAUACUCGCUAAAGCCUCCUUCAGUCAACACCUGUUCUGAGAACGGGAGGCUGCAGGAGUCUCCAAUCUCCUCGGCGGCAACGCAAGCAAGUGAUCUGUAUCCGGCUCCAUUGGCAGAUCUUGGUCGUGCUUUCAUGGAUGACACAGACUGGUCCGUGCAAGACUCCUCGCGUUCCGUCUCUUCGCUCAUGCAUUCCAUUCUACCGAUUAAUCCUGCGGCCACCUCUCGCGAGAAAAAGCAGCUAGACGCCGAGGCUGACCAAUUCUCACACAUCAGCAUUCGGUCCGCUUUAGGUUAUGCUCCCCGCCAGAGCCUUCACGAAGCAACGAAUUAUUUAUGUGACUCCCAUCUACCAAUCAACCCAGCACUCGAAGAAAAGACUCCGGCGUGUGUUUGA